AUGUGGACAGAUGAAGAAGAUAUGAAGCUUAUUAAGGCUCUUCUCGACUUACAUAACACGGGUCUCUAUAAUGCCGAUCGUGGAUUCAAACCUGGCCAUGUUACAGCUGUGGAGAAAAUACUUGCAGUUACUUUGCCACAUUCUUAUUUAAAGGCAGACCCCCAUAUUAAAUCUAGAAUGAAGACAUUAAAAACCCAUUUUGAUGCUGUGCAUGAUAUGCUGCAUGGGCCUAACACAAGUGGGUUUGGUUAUGAUAAUUUGAACCAUUGUGUGGUUGCUGAGAAAUAUGUGUGGGAUGCUUACCUGCAGGAUCUAUGCACCAUAUUUGGAAAAGACCGUGCUACCGGAAAUGAUGCUGAAACAGCUGCUAAUGUUAUGGAAAAAUUGGAUAAGGAAUGGAUGGACAACGAAAAUGAGAAUGAAAAUGAUGAUGUUGGAGAUGGUUUAGAUGAUAUUGACGCAUCGAUUUCAUUUAUGCAAUCUCCCACAAUUGGAAAAACUAAUGAAGUGAGCUCUAAAAAUAAAAAGAAGAGGAAAUCUCAAAGUGUCGCAGAAUCAUUGUGUGAAGUAGUGAAACAAUCUUCAACUUUGACUGGCUCAGAUAUAAAAUCAAGUACUGAACGCCUUAGCCAAGCUAUUGAAGAUGCUUCAAUUAAUGAGUUGAAAAUUAGGCUGCACGAAGAAUUGAUAAAGUUACCAAGUUUGAACAAAAUCGAUCGAGCAAAAGCUUUGGUUCAAAUUGGUCGUGACCGUGACUUGAUUCAAAUUUUUUUCACACUUGACGAGGAUAUGAAGGAAGAAUUGGUGAAGACAGUCAUUUCGUGA